GGGCCGGGCCGGGCGGCGGCGGCGGCGCGCGGGGCAGCGAUCGGCUCGCGCGGUCCGGCAGCAGCUCCGGCGCGUCCAUAAGGCUUUGCCUUCCGACUUCAGCUACAGUGAUAGCUAAGUUAGGAAGGAACCCCGGACCCCCAGACCCGCCUCUGCCCCGCAGCUGCCGUCGCUCCGGGCUGGGCUGCUGCGUUCCCGGAGGCGCUCCCGCCGUUCCUCGCACUCCCGUCCCGAGCACCUGAGCCAGGGCGCCGGCCAUGACCCGGCCACGCGAGCAGGACCGCCCGGGAGGAUGCUGCGGAUCCUUAACAAACUACCUGACCUCGGCGAAGUUCCUUCUCUACGUGGGCCAUUUCUUAUCCACUUGGGGGGACCGGAUGUGGCACUUCGCGGUGUCCGUGUUCCUGGUGGAGCUCUACGGGAACAGCCUGCUGCUGACGGCCGUCUACGGGCUGGUGGUGGCUGGGUCCGUGCUGGUCCUUGGGGCCAUCAUCGGCGACUGGGUGGAUAAAAACGCCAGGCUCAAAGUGGCCCAGACAUCGCUGGUGAUACAGAACGUGUCGGUCAUCCUGUGUGGCAUCAUCCUGAUGAUGGUCUUCUUGCACAAGGACGAGCUGCUGACCAUGUACCACGGAUGGGUCCUCACUUCCUGCUACAUCCUGAUCAUCACCAUCGCCAACAUCGCCAACCUGGCCAGCACCGCCACUGCCAUCACCAUCCAGCGGGACUGGAUCGUCGUGGUCGCAGGCGAAGACAGGAGCAGACUAGCAGAUAUGAAUGCCACGGUUCGCAGGAUCGACCAGUUAACCAACAUCUUGGCGCCCAUGGCUGUUGGCCAGAUUAUGACCUUUGGCUCCGCGGUCAUCGGCUGUGGCUUCAUUUCCGGGUGGAAUCUGGUGUCCAUGUGCGUGGAGUACUUUCUGCUCUGGAAGGUUUACCAGAAGACCCCUGCGUUAGCCGUGAAAGCCACUCUCAAAGUGGAGGAAGCUGAGCUGAAACAGCUGAAUGUACACAAAGAAACUGAGCCCAAACCCCUGGAGUCCACUCAUCUGAUGGGGGACAAGGACCCCGCCGUGCACGCGCUGGAGCCGGAGCCCGAGCCCAGCUGCAGCGAGCAGCUGGCCGAGCCCUUCCGCACCUUCCGCGACGGCUGGGUCUCCUACUACCGCCAGCCCGUGUUCCUGGCCGGCCUGGGCCUCGCCUUCCUCUACAUGACGGUGCUGGGCUUCGACUGCAUCACCACGGGCUACGCCUACACGCAGGGCCUGAGCGGCUCGGUGCUCAGCCUCCUGAUGGGCGCCUCGGCCGUCACCGGCAUCGGGGGCACCGUGGCCUUCACGUGGCUGCGGCGCCGCUGCGGCCUGGUGCGCACCGGGCUCAUCUCGGGCUGCGCGCAGCUCUCCUGCCUGGUGCUGUGCGUGGUGUCCGUGUUCAUGCCGGGCAGCCCGCUGGACCUGUCCGUGUCCCCCUUCCAAGACAUCCGCUCCAGGUUCAUCCAGGCCGAGCCCCUGCCCGCGAUGCCCACGGGCGCCCCCGGCCCCCUCUUCUCCACGGGCGGGCCCGCGGCCAACGGCUCCGUGACCACCCUCGCCGCCCCGGAGUGGGAGCUGGGGCUGAGCGCCGAGUCCGUCCUCUCCGUCAGCCUGCUGUUCGCGGGCGUCAUUGCUGCUAGGAUCGGCCUUUGGUCCUUCGAUUUAACUGUGACACAGUUGCUGCAAGAAAAUGUAAUAGAAUCAGAAAGAGGCAUUAUAAACGGCGUCCAGAACUCCAUGAACUACCUUCUCGACCUCCUGCACUUCAUCAUGGUGAUCCUGGCCCCCAACCCGGAGGCCUUCGGCCUGCUCGUGCUCAUCUCCGUCUCCUUCGUGGCCAUGGGCCACGCCAUGUAUUUCCGGUUCGCCCAGAAGACCCUGGGCAACCAGCUCUUCGCCUGCGGUCCUGUCGAAAAGGACGCCCCGAGCGCAGACCAAGCUUCCACGUCUGCUGUGUGAGCCCGUCUCGCCGGCUGAUCCCUGUUACUAGGUUACACCGAGCGCCUGCUUGUUUUGUGCUUCACAUUCCCCUACCUGGCUGGGUGUCCCUCUGGUUUUACCACAACGGUGUCUUGAAGGCUAAACGCUGUUUCCGAAACCUCAGUCAGCUGAGUGAACUGGUUGGCUUCCCUUCCAUUCCAGGAUGGGGAAAAGUAGGAAAGGAAAAAGCCUAAAGAGAGAGAGACUAAAAUGGCACAUACACUGAUUUUCCCCUGUUUCUACCGAGUAGAGAAAAUUUUCCAUAAAAGAGUGGUGAGUCGGAUGAAUUAAGUUAAUUUUUGGCAGAGAUUUAUUCUCUGUAGUAGAAUUCAGAUGUCAGUUUGCCCUAAGACUCACUCUCGUUCAAGUCCAGCUAAUUUACUUUUCUUUGUGUUUUAUUCCAUUAUAAAAACCAGUUCUCCUCCUAGCAGGAAGACUAAAGUUUCAUAACCAGUAUUAUCCUCAUUGAUCCUGACAAUCUUAAGGGAUUUACAUAAAUGUGGAAAACAACACAUUUCAGUAGAAUUCUCUAACAGGGUUAUGGUUGAACUCGAGAGAGCACCUUGGUAUUUGUAUUAUCAGAGAGGGCGACAUACCGUAUUAACCUACACAGCACUCUGUAAAACGCUCAUACGCUGCAGGUAGAAGCAACGCUGCACAGUAGAUUUAUAACACUGAAUGCAUAAUGACUUCCAACGCGCCAACAGUCUGGCCACAGAAACUCGCACCGAAGGGCCAAGAUCUGGAGGUAACUCCCGCCACCCUCACUGAUGGCCUCUCUCAGCCGGGGAGGGAGUCUGCUUGCUGCCCGCAGGCUGAAUGGAAAGCAGGCCCACAGGCGAAAGGGGCUGUGUUGUCGGUCACGUGACUUGUUAGGAGCUCGCUGGGGUGGGGCGUUUUCCCCUUGAUUGUACCCAGGAGCUAUUUUUACCCAGUCGCAGAGCAAGACUGCCCCUAAACGAAUUCCUUUCAAAUGUCUCUGAGAAGCAUGGGGGGGGGGGGCGGGGGGGCGGGAGACGUUUGUAUAUAUUUUUAAAAACUGUUUGGCGAGUCCUUUUGCAACAUGCCAGUACCAGCAGGCACUCUGCCUUAACGUUUAUGCACUUUCGUGGAGACGGCAAUACGUCACGAUGAGCACUUUCCUAAUCCUUGAGGUCGAGUCUUUUUCUUCUUUCUAUGGUAUGUCAUGAUUUGCUACGUUGUGAAAUCUUUGUAAAAUAUUUCUAUAUAAAACUAUUUUUAAAAUCUU